UCGUCUCGCUCGCUCGCUCGCUCUCGUCUCCCACAACCAUCCGCGCACCCCGCCCCCGCCCCGCGUCAACCAAACCCUAACUCGCCAAAUCCACCCCUCGCCCUCUCGAUCUCGCCUCCGCCAUCCGCCGCCAGCGCCGGGCGCCCAAAACCCUACGCCUCUCGUCGUCUCCGCCCGCCCGCCAGCAGACGCUGCCGGUAUAUAACAGGGUGAUCAUCAGUUGAAGAUGCCAUCUGCAUCCAAAUCCAAGUCCAAAGACAGGUCAGCUUCUAAGGCACCAAAAGAGCAACCUAAGGUUGCAGCAAAGCCUAUGGGAAAUGGCACAGUUGCAAGUGCCUAUAACAACUUUUCUGGAAAAUUCCAUCUGUUGGAACCAUCAUCCUCUUUGCUGGUUAGCCAGGGUAAUGACAAAUUAAGGAAUACAGAUGAGAUAGAUGAACAUUCACGUAGCUCCCAUGGUACAGGGGACUUUGAUUGUGCCUCUAACAAUGGUAGCUGUUCCGGUGAGUCUGAAGAUCCAAAGGAAAAAUCAACAAGUACUGCACCUCGAGUGGACUCUGUUCCAGGAUGUGAUAUUGAUAAGCGUGAGAAGAUCAGACAAAAGAAUGAGAAGAAGCAUCAAAGGCAGAAAGAGAGGCGUGCCCAGGAAUUACAUGAGCGUUGCAAGGGAUACCUAAUGUCGAGAAAGCUGGAGGCACUUGCACAGAAGCUUGUUGCAAUGGGUUUCUCAUCAGAUCAAGCAACAAUGGCCCUUAUACAGAAUGAGGGCUGCCUUGAGGAAUCUGUUGCCUGGCUAUGCAACUUUGAUGGAAGUGAGGAAACCAAACAGCAGACAGCAGCAGAUCAACAGCCUGGGGUUAAUUUGAAGAUUGAUAUAACUGAUGAGCUUGCAAAAAUUGCAACCCUAGAGGUUAAAUUUAAGUGUUCCAAGCAAGAGGUUGAAAGGGCUGUUGUUUCUUCCGAGGGUGAUCUAGAAAAGGCUGAAGAGGUUUUGAAGACACAGAAGCAAGAGUCAACGGCAACUACAUCUAACCAUGAAGGAUCUGGCGAUUUAAGUGGCUUGGCUAACAAACAGCAGAUCAUGCUUGCACAGAACCCAACUAGGCCUCAAACAAAUGGGUUUUCUUCAGUUGGGGUUCAACAAAUGAGGAGAGAUGAGAAGGACUUAAACUACAAGCUUCUGUUAAAUGGCAGUGGUCCAAAGGAACAUGCUGUUAAAGGCUUUCAACCAUUGGCUCCACCAGUUAAGCCUGAGAUAGGCCGGCAACAAUUUGUUCAGCCUGAGAAAAGGCGGCUUAAUGCUAAUUCGGUUCCAUCAGUUUCAUACAUUACAUCAUCUCCAUUACCUGUUGCAACACCUCAAAUAAAGUCUGAAACGCGGCAUGUGGCUGGGGGCAAUGAGGUGAAAAGUGCAAUGCAUAAUGGAGCUUUGCGAGAAUCAGUAGUUGUAAUGCAGCGUCCCCAAUCUGCAGCUGCCAAACAAAGCCUGCCAUCUACAAGCCAUAGUAUGUUUGCAUCAGAACCUCCAAGGGAAUGGUACUUAAAUGGUGCAUCAGGCGUGGAUAUGAUGUUGAAUGGUGGUUUAGGUCAUGGGCUAAGAAAUAUGAGUUUGGAUGGUGUUAAUCCUGCUAAGCAGUUUGUUCAUGCAAACCAUCAACAAAGUUUUGUUUCCAAUCCUAUAGAGCUGGCUGCUAAUGGUUGGGGUGGUACCUGGGGCUCUGGAGGAACAUCAUCUUCCCUUGGCGUGGCUUCAUCGCUUGGGUUGUUUCGAGGAUGGAGCUCGUCUGAGUCUUCUUCAUCUCUAUCUCGUCCUGAUUGGAGAACUAAUGGGCCAUCACCAUGUGACUACACGUCGAUAGACUGGAGCCUUGACACAACAUUAUUAAACCCUGCAGCAAAGAGUGAAUGGCUGUCAGACACAUGGUCAACGAUGUUUAUGGGUGGUAGAUCCACAAGACCAUCUGGAAACCUUGGUGGUGCAGGCAUUGCUGGGUUGCAUGACAGCAAUUUUCCAAUGGAUCCUUCUCCAUCACCCCGGCCCUAUGAGUGGCCUUCUUUCUGCAGGGGAGGAUCUUCCUAGUUCCCCUACCCUGUAGGUAAGAAUCCAUCGAAUAAAACAAAGUAAAAGCUGUUAUUUGUUUCUGUUCUUGUUUUGGUCUCAGAUCCAGUUGGUUGACAAGUUUUACCUGUGUAUUGAACCGUGUUUGUGUAUCCUCAACUGUUGGCCGAGAUUAGUCAUCUUUCUGUGAAUGCUGUGCAUGAAAAAUGAAUGAAGAAUUGAAGAUAUCUUGGCUUAAAA